ACUCCACUUCUCAAACGCGCCGCCCCUUACUUCGGCAGACAUGGUUGCGCCGGUGUAGAAUUGAGAGUAAGAGUUUCUGCUUGACGCUUCCAGACUCCGAAUAUCGAACCAGAUGUAGCGGGAAGGUAGGAAGGAGAGGAGCGAAGAGAACCUGCAGAUUCGAAGAUGCCGCCCUCUGCCAUCCCUAAGAAGUACAACGUAUUCUAUGGCCACAGGGUUCCUUCUCAGAACCGCCCCGUCGUCUUCGGCGGCUUCUUCACCAACCGGAAGACUGUCUCCCUCCCACCCACCACUGCCAAAGGCAAGAAGGUCGGCGGACGUAACGCUUCUCAACCAUCCGCUUUCGAUUUCCGUCUCUGGGACCCGGAUUCAGUCCAACAGGCCCCGACUUGGAACAACCCAUCUGAGAAAUUCCUCGCCUCUGGCCGCCGGUUGUCGCCGAUCGCCCGGUACGUCGUGGACAGCUUCCGCCAGCACAAGAAUUGGGGCGCCGAGGUCAUAGCCGACUUGCGCAAGCUCCGGCGGGUGAACCAGAACGUGGUGGCCGAGGUGCUCAAAGGGUACGACGACCCCCGGAUUUGCUCCAAGUUCUUCAGCUGGGCAGGUAAGCAAAAGGGGUUCCACCACAAUUUCUCUACUUUCAAUGCCUUGACUUAUUGCUUGAAUCGAUCGAACUGGUAUCGGGCGGCCGAUCAGGUCGUCGAGCUCAUGAAAUCGUACGGCAGAGAACCUACUGAGAAGCAAUUCGAGAUUCUGCUCAGAAUGCACUCUGAUGCCGGUAGAGGCCUUAGAGUUCAUUUUGUGUAUCAAAAAAUGAAGAAAUUUGGGUGCAAGCCUAGUGUUUUCAUUUAUAAUAGGAUUCUAGACGCUCUUGUUAAAUCCCAACAUCUAGACUUGGCGUUGGGUGUUUAUGAUGAUUUUAAGAAUGAUGGAUAUGUAGAAGAAAGCAUUACAUUCAUGAUUCUCAUCAAAGGCCUCUGUAAAGCUGGUAGAAUCGAUCAAGCUUUUGAGAUACUGGAUCGAAUGCGGAGAAAUCUGUGCAAGCCUGAUGUUUUCGCGUAUACGGCAAUGAUAAGGACGUUGGUUCGUGCAGAAAAUUUGGACGGAUCAUGGAGGGUUUGGGAAGAGAUGGUCAAGGAUGGUGUUGAGCCUGAUGUUAUGGCUUAUACUACGAUGAUUUGUGGGAUUUGUAAGGUGGGAGAUGUGGAGAAAGCUUAUCGUUUAUUUGAACGGAUGAAACAGAAGAGGCUGUUGGUCGAUCGUUUAGUUUAUGGAAGCUUGAUCACCUCUUUUGUGAGUGUUGGUAGGGUAAGCUGUGCUUGUAGCCUAUAUAAGGAGAUGAACAAAAUGGGAUAUAGAGCUGACUUGCUCAUUUAUGAUUCCUUGAUAGAUGGAAUCUGCAGUGAAGGUGAAUUGGAUAAAGCAAGUAACGUUUUACAAAUGCUGGUUCAAGAAGGACUUGUUCCUACCUCUAUAACAGUUAGGCCAUUGAUUGUUUCAUAUGCAGACAGAGAAAUGUUUGAUAACAUUUGCAGUUUGCUCAAGCAGAUAUCUACGCUGGGAUUAAGUGCUGAUGAUGUAUUGCUUGAUUUCUUCUCUUUCAUGGUGAACAAGGAUGAGAGAGUAUUGAAAGCAUUGGAAACAUUCAACGAAUUAAAAGGAAGACACUAUUGCAGCACUUCCAUAUACAAUGUUCUUAUAAGUGGGCUUCACAAAAUUGGGAAGGUACCGAUGGCAUUGUCUCUCUUUGAGGAAAUGAAGAAUUCAUGUUUUGAACCAAAUUCUUUGACAUAUAGCAAGGUAAUUGAUUGCUUGGUUGAUACUGGUGAAAUAUUAGAUGCAUGUUCAUAUUAUAAUAAGAUCAAGGCGAUGUCUUGGGUGCCUACUGUUGCUUCAUAUUGUUCUCUUGUUAAAGGACUUUGUAGGAGUGGCGAGAUAAUGGCCGCUCUAUCUCUAGUUCAAGAUUGUUUGGGGAGUGUAAACAGUGGACCGAUGGUUUUCAAGUAUACACUUACUAUACUCCAUGCUUGUAAGUCGGGUAAGUCAGACAAGGUGAUAGAGGUGUUAGAUGAGAUGAUGCAACUGGAUAUUCCAACAGGAGAUAUUAUAUAUUGUGCCAUUAUACAUGGACUCUGCAAGCAUGGAACUGCCGAAGAAACAAGAAAGGUGUUUGCUUUUAUGGAGAAAAAGAAGACAAUUACUGAUGCAGAUUUGAUAAUGUACAACGAGUUAUUAAAUGAACAUCUAAAAAAGAUUACCAUGGACCUUGUUUAUUCUGGGCUGAAGUUUUUUGGUCCAAAAUCCAAGUUGUUGGGGAGCUAAUUGCUUCAUGUCUGCGGCAGAAGAGAAACAUCGACAGGUUUUCCAUCGGAGUAUCCUUCUUAGGUUGUUUGAUUGCUAUUUCUGUCACAGCACAAACUGUCCAGUUUGUGUUUGCAUGCACGGACAGAGACUGUGACUCCACCAUUGGAGGUGGAGUGUGCGCCACAUUCUGCAUUCAUCAUUCAUGUUGCUGGCCCUACCACUUACUGGAAUGCCGUGUUCCCUGAAUAUGGUGUUCCCUGCAAUCAAAAGAGCUCUAUGAGAUGUAACAAUAUUGCAUGCAAAUGCUUUUCAAAGUUCUAUAACCGUGAGUACGCAUGAGGUUGCACUUACAUGUUUGUACUUCUGACAGUCUCUGAUGCAUUUAUUUCCAGCAGCAGCAAGCAAAAUCACUUAAAAGUAAUUUGUUGGUACUUGGUAGUUUUUUGUGCAUUUUCACGUUCUUUAGUAAUUUCAAAAUGGACCCACUUCCUACGUGAAAAUAAUUUCUGUAUUUAUGCAUUCGUAUUAUUUUAAUGUGGUAACUGUUUAACAAUUGUUGCAGAGUUUCUUGGGUGGGAAUCUUAAUCUGUUUUUUGCCCAUGCACACACGCACACACAGAAUCUUUCAAUAACCUUGAUUCCUAAACCUUGCUAGGGUAGUGAAAUUGCUGAAUUGUUUUGCGCAAUUCUCUUUAGCAUCCAUCCGCUUCCUUUCCUAGGGUGUUUUUCUUUGUUUGGCAUCUACAAGGCCCUGCGCUCGCGGGCUUGGCACUGAAAACUUUGCAUCGCAGCUAAAGGACACGCUAUAUAGUGAUAGGUACCAUCCUUUCUGCAGUAAUAUGGUCAAGUGCAAGUCAAAUAAGCAUCCCAUCUUUCCUGUCUUUACUCCUGUUUUCCUAUAUCUACCCAGGAGGUUAAGUGGUUCCACUUCGUGGUCUAUGGUUUUUAAGACCUGAGGCGUGUGUUGCACUUAGAAUGUGGUGCAGUUCCACAAUGAAGGACUUGAUGAGUAAGAACUAUAUGGAUGGUUCUUCCUGUUCGCUGGGCCCUUCUCCAUAGGAACCAUGUCCAGUCUUGACUAUCCAUGUGCUAUAGCCAUUGGAGGUGGCUUUUCUUCUUAAACACCAGAGAAGAUCAAGGCCCCAAGUGCAAAGUGCGUUUUCUGAGGAACUGACACAUUCCGAACUCCGUUGAAUGCUUUAUAAUAUGCACCUAAUCAUGCAUGCUGCCCAAGAGAAUGAUCAGCAAACUCUGUCCCUCUGCCCUCGUUGCUGGAAUCUGUUUUGAAGCUUGAAAGCAAGUUGGUCUCGUUUGUUCUCAAUGGUGAAGCAACUGGUCUCCUGGAAAGAAGUUGAUGAUGAAUAAUUUGGAUUCUUUAAGAGGAAUUUCUCAGAGGCAAUUAGAGUGUGCAUGCUAAAGAAAACGCCAGGGAAUUUCACAUUUUUCACACGGCCAAAAUGCAAGUUUGGCCUCUAAAUACUACCAUCUGAAUAUCACAUAGGAGCUAUGAACAUCUCAACCAUGCGAGGGGCUUGAAGUUUGGAACUUGUCAUUUUACAUGCGGAAGAAGAAAUUGGAACAAAGGACACUAUGCCUGGCAUGCGAGGUCCACUGGGAACUAUAGUCAAGUUUUGUAAAACUCGGUUGUGACCUGGAAGAUUGCGUUUAUAUUGCUGUAUUUACAAUACUCAAUGAUACCUAAAUCUUUACUCCACUCUUCUUCAA